AUGUUUGUGGUGUUGCUGAGCAAGCCUGUGUUCAGGGAGUCUCCUCGCUACGUGCUCUUUGCCCACAUGCUCUGCAACGACUCCAUCCAGCUGUUCUACUCUUCAAUCGUCAUCAUUUUAUUUUUUACCAAAAUUAGAACAACUAAGUCUGCGUGUUCAUUCCUAGUCUUAGUCACGUCUUCCACCUCGAUAAACGCUCCUCUCAACCUGGGUGUCAUGUCCUUGGAGCGCUACACUGCCAUCUGCUUUCCCCUGCGCCACAGUCAACUCGCCACCACCAGGAGAGCGUAUGUGGCCAUCGCUGCCAUUUGGUUCUUCGGACUGCUGAACCCAGUGGUGAAUUCUUUGCAUAAGUGUGUAACUGACCCACAUUUUUUCACUGAGCAGGUCGUAUGUGGUACUCAGGCAGUGCUCGAUGUCAGCCCAUGGCAAAUGUUGCUAUACCAUGCUCUCAAUGGCCUGUACUAUGUGACUGUGACUCUAGCUAUCGUCUUCAGCUACGUCAAUGUUGUGCGUGUGGCUCGGUCGGCGUCCAGCAAUGACAAGUCCACUGGCAAAGCACACCGGACUCUGCUGCUGCACCUGGUCCAGUUUGUUCUCUGUCUGAAUGUAUUACUGUAUAACAGUAUAGCCCGUUACCUUGCACUGGUUUUAAGUUCAGGGGUUUACGACGAUGUUAGCUUUGCCAUUUUUCUGUUGGUCAUCCUACUACCCAGAUGUCUAAAUCCCCUAAUUUAUGGCUUAAGGGAUGAGGCUAUUCGUAAACUCUUCAUGCUUAAUUUUACCUGUGACUUAUCUGGUGGAAAGUCAAAAAUAAAUGUUAAGUCAAUAUAA